CUAAAGCUGCUCUUCAGCCAUAUAUUAAUACUCGAAACAAGACUCUCAAACAGAGAUCUGAGCUCAAAAUUCAAAUCUUCCAGCUUCAAUUUCAAAAGAUGGGAGCAAGCUUUACGGUCCCACGUUCAAAAUCUUCUAAUGCAAUGAUACAACAAAAGCCUCCAACCAUUAUAGAGUGUCACGACAAAGCUCAAUGGACAGCUCGUUUUGAAGCUACAAAGGAAACAAACAAGCUUAUGGUGAUUGACUUCACUGCUGCAUGGUGUGGACCUUGUCGACACAUGGAGCCGACUAUCAAGGAAUUAGCUGCAAGGUUCAAGGACGUUGAGUUCGUUAAAAUCGAUGUCGAUGAAUUAAUGGAUGUUGCAAAGGAAUAUGGAGUGGAGGCAAUGCCAACAUUCAUACUGAUUAAGAACGGUAAAGUAAUCGAUAAGGUGGUCGGAGCCAGGAGGGAUGACCUGCAGAAGAAGAUUGAGAAACAUAGUAAAUAUUGAUUGAUGCUUAUGAAGCUCCUCAAUAAGGAAGGAAGAUAAAAGUAAAAUAAAGAACCAGGAAUCUAGUUGUCUAGAACAAACUAAAAUGGUUUUUGCUGUUUAUUUAUUAGCUCAGCCCUUCUGACUUGUGAUUUUUAUAUAUAUAUAUUCUAUAUAUUGCUCUUCAUGUAUUUGCUCAA